GCGUUUUUACGCGGCGUUUAGCCAGGGGACUGAGAAGCACAGCUGAACAUACCGACGCGGGAAAGGGAUACAGUUAUUGACGUUGAAAUGGAGAACGGGGAUGGCGGUGACGGGGUCCUGGGGGCCGCUGAGAAGAGUGUGGAGUUGGAGCUACUGCAGGCCUAUGUUCAGAAGAGGAGGCCAUCGACCAGACGGCUACAGAGUGCCACUGCAUUGUCUUUCCGAAGCCAAGGCAUGAAGGAGAAGAAGAAGAAGAAGAAAGCAGGUGCUGGAGAUGAACUUGACAAGGUGGCAGAUAAAUUGACGAACAUCGUGGACUCCGUGCAUUUGGCUCCUGCGGAUAUUGACCAUGACGGUCCUGAAGAUGUUGUUCAGACAAUUGUGGAGCUGCUGCGAGAAUCCGGUGACAAGCUCGACGAAGAGAUAAGGCAGAAUAAAUCCCUGGCCGAUCUCUUCAGCGGCUUCAACUAUGGUCUGUUUGAGAAGGUGACCACCAUGUUUCUGAAGGGGGUGGAGCUGGAAGUUGUUUCCAGCACAAAGAGCUCAGAGCAGGCUAAGAUCGCCCUCACCUUUGAGGUCACCAGCAAACUGACUGCCGUGGACAACCAUCCCAUGAACCGGGUGAUGGGCUUCGGGGCCAAGUACCUGCAGCAGAACUUCUCCACCUGGGUCCAACAGCAAGGCGGCUGGGCAAAAGCUUUUGACAGUGAAGACAUUGAGUGAAGCAGGAUGUUUCGAUUUUAUUUUUUGAAUCAAUGACUCAUGGGCCUCCGACUGAUUCUCUGGGCAAUUUACAUGCUGUUCAGCAUGUCCUCAGUCAGAGGUUGACCUGAAGAUUCCCGAAGAAUCAAGACAACAUGGAAAAUCUUUACCUAGUUUCGCAGUAUGCAUGAGACCAAGGUCUUGGCCACCACUGCUGUCUGCAGGAUAGUAACCCAACACAGGAUGUGCACUUAAUCUUAAGAAUUUUUUUCCCUCUUCAAAUGCAUAUUAGAAAGAUUUAUAGAAAGUCUAUAUAAAGUACUGCAGAUUAAGUCAUUUUUUGUGCAGGGGCAGUGAUCAAAAGUGAUAUAUAUUGCAGUAUUGCAUAGCCAUGAGCAUAUGUGCAAUAAGGAAAAAAUGAUAAGGGGUGUCCUUAAACUUGCAUAUUAUUUUUGACUUCAAUUUCUGAUAGUGGCGGUCACCAAAUUCCUAUUAUUUAUUCAGUAAUGCCAGCUGCAGUGUGGAAUGUACCUAAAUCAAUUAAUCAACAGCAGUUACCCUGGUUUAAUGAGGGGCUCAAAAUGGACAUGAGACAUUUUAGUUUUAGUUUUUUUUAAGGGGUUGAGAGCCAUGAAAAUGCUGAGAGGCAUGAGUUUUUCUUUUUUUUUUGUUUUACUUUUAAGCAAAGAGAAUUCAAUGAUUCAUAAUUUACUUUUAUGUGAAAUGCAAAGCAAAGUUUACAACCAUUUUAGGAUUUUAAACCAAAGCCCAAAGGAAUGGAAUAUUCUCUUUUGGGAAAUGCCCAUUUGUUCUGUUUACUGUUUGGCUGACAACAGUUUUUUUUAUGUAGAUUAACUUGUGAUUCCCAUGUAUAGAUAUGUAGCAGAGUUUAUCACUUUUACAAUCACAUAUGACUGAAAAUGAUGGAUUAAAGCACAGGGAACUGUGCCGCGGUGGACUGCACUACUGAAUUUAGUCCACAGAGAUUAUAGCAUCUUUACAGGCACGCUAUAAUGGAACAUAAACAAAUGCACCCAACAUGGGACCCUGCCCUUGGUUGAACCAGAUCAGAGACCCCCCUGCUCCCCCUGGUCAGAACCUUGUCAGGGGUCUUGUGAGCUGGAGGAGGAGACAAAUGAUUGGGGUCAGAAGGGAAGGUGAAAGAUAUCAUAUGGGCCACAAAGUCUGACUGCUGUUGAAGUAUACACUACCACUACAUAGGAUGCAGGCAGAUGUGUCCUCAGUAAAACUGCUUCUUGCUGCCUUAAUCCCUUUACAUUUUUUUAACCUGGCUGGCUACAGCAUUUUCAGGUGUAAUUACACACGGACAUCCUCUUCUGAAGAAACAUGUUGCUCCGUUGUAACCAGGAGAAUAAUUGAACUAAAUGAUCCCUGAGCAAAGUAAAUGUGUUUAUGUGUUGAUUUCACUUGGAUCCGCAUUACUUGUAAAUAUUAAUGUGACUUAAGAUGGACUGAACGAUUUGUAAUCCGUUAUAUCUUUCAUCAUACUCUGAAAAUCAUGCCAUAUGAGCAUUAGCAAUAUGAUCAUCUUGCACAAUUCUAUGUUUUCCACAGCUGGUGCAGAUGCAGAAAUAUAGCCAUUUGCAUUACACUUUUGCUGGAAUUCAUCCAAAUGU